ACCAUGGUGCUUGGGGUCUAUCAUGUAAACUGGAUUUCCUGCACGUUCCGCGAUCGCAGUAGACAAAAGCGAGAUAUCGACGGGAGUCACUCUGGCGGAUGUUAACCUGCCAACUGGUAUAUCAUCAUCGCCACCCCUUGCGACAGCGAGUUUCUGGCCUAUAGAGUCGACAAGUACUCCAGUUAAACCUUUCUUUAUGAUCUCCAAGAUGGCUUUGAAGGAUCCUGUAGUCGGUACGAGACUAAUGAUCUUUUCUAACAAGGUAUCAGGUAUAGGAAUGACUCCACGGAUAACUGAACGGGAAGCACGUCGAGAAGCGCACCCUGCGCAGGGCGAAUGGUCUGCUCACGCAAAGACAGAUACCGAACCGAUGUACUCUUCACCUCCAGAGAGGGUUUUGUACGCUAGCUGGAAGCUGUAUGACCUAUUGUAAGCAUGUUCUAAGAGUCUGA